CAGGGAGCGCAGGAUACCCGCGUACAGGCGCCGACUCUUACGCGCCUCCGUGUUGCUGCUCUCACCUUGCUUUUCUAUUUCCCCUAUUGUGCUCCCGUCACCUCGAUCCCAUCUAGACGUGCCUGUCCCCCGCGUCGACGGCAAGGCGAGGCGUGGUGAAACGUUGCACUCUCUGACCUCUCCAGGCCGCCAUUCAGUCCUCUCCAACAUCCCCCCCCUUUGUCCCGUCGACCUCGAACAGUCCCUUCUCCAUCUGCAUACCCUUUGCGCGCAUCUUCUAUCACGGCUGCCGAUGAUAGCCUGGCCUUAAGAGCCCAACAUGGCUUCGACUGUGGGGUGGGCUGUUGCCGAGAUACUCAAACGAGAAGCUAGCGAUGCAGACCCUGACGAACCCGAGGCAGGACAGAAGGAGAUCUUCACAUCAUGGGCGCUUUCCAUCCUGAUUGUCCUGCUCAUCAUUGCACUCUUCACCAGCUACAUUCUCCAAACACGGAAAAUACAGGCAGUGCACGAAACUGUGCUUUCUAUCUUUGCUGGCAUGGUCGUUGGCUUAGUACUUCGACUAACAGCUGUAGAGUCCAUCCUUGGUUCUGUUAGCUUUGACUACCAGUUCUUCUUCAACCUGCUCCUCCCACCCAUUAUCCUCUCAUCUGGAUUUGAACUCCAUCAAGGCAACUUCUUUCGCCAUAUCGGAACUAUCCUUACCUUUGCGUUUCUCGGCACCUUUAUUUCGGCCCUUGUUCUAGGUAUCAUACUAUUCCUAUGGACGAGGAUUCCUCUUGAUGGAUUCAAGAUUACCUUCGUGGAAGCCAUGUCGGUUGGCGCAACCCUUUCCGCUACCGAUCCUGUGACUAUCCUCGCUAUUUUCAACACCUACAAAGUCGAACCUAAACUGUACACGAUAAUCUUCGGCGAGUCUAUCCUCAACGAUGCCAUCGCUAUUGUAUUGUUUGAAACGGCGCAAAAGUACAAGGACGGAGGAGAGUCUCUCAGCAUCCUCAGCCUUUUCGAAGCCUUCGGAAUCUUCUUCGGUGUCUUCUUCGGAAGUCUCUUUAUUGGCAUUAUGGUUGGGAUUGGAGCCUCCUUACUUCUGAAGUUCACCUACGUCAGGCGAUUCCCGAAGACAGAGAGUUGUCUGAUCAUUCUCAUCGCGUACGCCACCUACUUCUUCUCUAAUGCCAUUCACAUGUCUGGUAUUGUCUCUCUACUCUUCUGUGGCAUAUGCAUGAAGCAUUACGCCUACCUCAACAUGUCACGGCGCACCCAAUUGACCACCAAGUUUGUGUUCCAGGUCACCGCCCAAUUAUCGGAGAACUUCAUAUUCAUCUACCUUGGUCUCUCUCUCUUCACUGAUACCCAGUUAGAUUAUAAACCCCUCUUCAUUCUUAUCACGGUUGUAGGCAUAUGUGCGGCUCGAUGGUGUGCUGUCUUUCCCCUUUCCCGGGUUAUCAACGCAUUCAUGCGAUAUCGCCAACGACGCCAUGGACCAGACGCUGGAGAGGAGCUCCCUUACUCGCACCAAGCUAUGAUAUUCUGGGCGGGCCUUCGGGGAGCCGUAGGAGUCGCUCUCGCUGCAGGUCUUUCAGGGACUAACGGAGAUACCCUCCGUGCCACUGUCCUUGUCGUUGUCGUCUUAACCGUGAUUAUUUUCGGGGGAACUACGGCCCGCAUGCUAGAGAUCUUGGGUAUCCGAACUGGCGUGGUAGAGGAGAUCGAUUCAGAUGACGAAUUCGACAUCGAGGUAGUCGGUGGUGGUACCUAUUCCCGCAACAAAGGCCAAGGGUUUGGCCACACACCGCGACUGAGCUCAAAUGGAUUUGCUCUCUCUCCGGUUCAGGAUCAGGAUGGAAUAUACUCUAGUGGGUCCCUCAACAGACAUAGCCCGCCAUCUCGACCAAACGCUUUGGCCACCAGACGAAACUCGAGUAAACCAAGGCGACCAGAUGGCGCCGAUCAAGGUCUUCUAAGCCCUGCUGAUAGUGGGAGCAAUGACGAUGAUGAUGCGGAUCUCGAUCUUCCACCUACCGCCCGAAGAUCACCAAAUCGGGUGCCUUCUCCUCUAGGCAUGCCAGAAGCAUCGCCUUACCCAACAUCUGGAAUCGCCUCUAGAGCUGGGGUGGGCAGCAACAGCGGUAGUGGGGAACCUUCCAGAGUUGCAAGUGCUACUGGCGCUGUUAAACAGCUUAUAUCGGAUCUCUCCCAAGAUCCAGCGGGAGCUUUCAAACAGAUAGACGAUGGAUUCUUGAAACCGCAUCUCUUACUGGAUCAAGGGAAAGGACCUGGCCCUAAUAACGUUUAAAACGUGGGCUUGGUGGUGUCUCGGCGCGGAGGGUCUCAUUUUCAUCGCAUUUCGUUUGGUUGGGUUAUUGCAGAGAACCGGCGUUAUUCUAAGGUUGUGGUACCAUUUCAAGCCAAAACUAUGUCAUUACAUGUGAGGCUUGUAGGAGUAGACACGGAAGGAUAGGGUGACUAGAGCUGAUCAACAGCUUUCCCUUUUAACAGCAUAAUCACGUAGUGCAACUAUGACGCUCC